AUGCGCGUGCGCGAAGCGAAGGCGCGCCUAGAACGAACCCAGUUCGUGAGACAUUGGAGGGCAUUCUUCAGUCGCUUGGAGAGAUUGCAUGGCCUUGAUAUCGAGAAAACGGGUCAUUUGUGGCUCCUCCAAGGUCUAUUCUUGGAUGCUAUCAAUGAUGACUGUAAGACCUUUCGAGAAGAAUGGAAUCUUCAUCCGAUUGCUGGCCUGUCAACGAACAAUAAGAGCCCACAGACUUGUUGUCAUGGACAAACUGGUGCUGGCCAUCCUGAUGACAAAGACACUAAUUCAGGGGAUCAGCUCAUCUCACAGAUAGAAGAAGAUCAGGAACAGAAUGUUCGACACACUGCUGUUGAAGUGCCCAGGAAGAAAAGUCCCUUUGUGACCCAGGAUGACGAGAACCUUUUUUUUUCAACAGUUGAGCAAAUCAUUGUCGAGGGCAUCAUACCUGAAGGUUAUGGCUUGUUACCUGGUGAACAAGAUGAUGAGGAUGCAGCCAUGAUUGAAGUCUUACAAUUUGGGAGACACGGAACAAAAUCUAUUGUAGUAUCAUUAAGUGAUUCUGUCUGGGAAGCUCGUGCAACACUCUGGUGUCAAGGAUUGUCAGUGUUAUCUUUGUUUGAAACCAAAAGAUACUUUUAG